UCUGCAAUCUGUACAGCUGAUGGUAUAUAUACAUAUGCGUUAUUUAGUAUAUUUUGGGUUUGUAACAUGUUUAUAACGUUUUUCAAAAUGUCGAAUGUUGCUGUACUGGUAUGGUGUAAUCACAAAAAUUAUCGGCUAGAUAAAUAGUUUGUUUUUAUUAAAAUAAAAAGUGUAAAAACAUCUAUAGAAAUUUAGUCCCUUUAAUGGAGAAAAAUAUAGUGACAUUAUUAAUAGUAUUGUUAAUACAAUCACAGUAAUUAUAAAAAUUUCCUUGUUUUAGUUUUAUUAUUUGUAGAAAGUGAGUGUUAACUUUGUUUUUAACAAGCCUAAAAGUUGUUUUACUUCAUUAUCGGUGAAAUUUAAAAUUAAGAAAAGAAUGGCAAGACCAAGGAAACUAAGAAAAAAUGUUUCGAAAAGACAAAAUAACGGUUCUCAAACUCAAACUAAGAAAGUCUCACCAUCAUGUAAAAAAACAUCUAGAGGAAAUAUUCGUAAAAGAAGCGUCUCAACUUCGUCAUUACAUUCUAGUCCAUAUAACACAAGAAUAAGGACAAAAACUACAGCAAUGCAAGAUAGUAAACCAAUACAUGUCUACGAAAUUGACGAUACUCCAAUACUUGUUGAAAAAAGCGUACGAAGAAAUCCUAGGCCUGUUAUAGAUAAUAAUGUCUAUGUAGUACCAGAUUCCGAUGAUGACGAUGAUGUAGUUUUAAAUGAUAUUCGCUCCAGUGUUAACAUGCCCGAAGAAAAGCGCAAGCAAAUUCAAGAUUACAUAAAUUUAAUUACACCAAACCGCGUCGAUUAUGGCACUAAAGCACCGAUAGCCGACAUUAUUCAAAUCAAAGAGGACGAAUUGAUAAAGUCCCCAGAGGCAACCGAAGACGAGAUUCAAAGAAUAAUUAGAAAGCACGCGAAAUCGAUGAUAUUGUCACCAGAAACUAACGUGAUCGAACGGGUCGAUUAUAAGGAAGGUGGGAUGUCUAUUCAAAGUAGAACGCCCAUUCCUACCAGUGUUGUAGAACGUUGUCAAGGACUUGAACCUGUUCCAAGUACUAGCUGGGCUGUUAAUUUGGAAAGCGACAACUCUCUAACACCUAUAUCGACUCGGCACAAGAAUGCAAGUGACAUUAAUAGUCCUAAAGACGCCGAAGUAAUGGAAUAUGUUGACGAAAUUGUGGCAGAACACAGGGAUAAAAUUUCGAUGGAAGUAGAAGAACGUUACGAAAGAAUGUGGAAACAAGAAGAAGAAAAUAAACGUCGGCGCAUAGAAGCCGAAAAAAGUAAUUGUAUAGACUUUGAUAGUUCCAUUGAGAUUAUUGAAACCCCAGAAAUCUUGGAUAAAGAUGUUAAAAUGGAUGAUAGUCUGAAAGGAAAUGAGAAAAGGGAAACAAAGGAAAAACCAGAAAAACUUUGUCCUAUAUGUUUAGAGUCCCUUUCAGAUGAUAAAGAACUGAGCGCUACCGUAUGCGGCCAUGUGUACUGCACCCCCUGUAUUAAAACGGCCAUCAGGACCUAUCAUCGGUGUCCUGCUUGUCGUACUAAACUUACUCUUAAAAAAAUAAUUCCUUUAUUCCUUUAAAGAACAAUUUGAAAAUUCUGAUGUUUUUGGUCUUGUGAGUUUUCGGGCUACACUGAACUUUUCUACUUAAUAAUAUUUUUUUAUAAUUUGUAGAUGGUUUCAGAUUCUUGCGGAAACAAUGAAGAAUUAUUAUGUUUACCUAGUGGUCUUCAGUUAUAAUGUAGACCAUACGUAAACCACAUUUUGUUAAAAAACUUUUGCUAGAUUACCUUAAAAUUGCUUAUUUUUACAUUCUAUUUCCGUGACUUUCUGAAAUCAGCUCGGAAAUAUAGUGAUAUUUAUUUUAAAUUAAUUUUUAAAUAAUGAAAUGUCGCUUUUUAAACCCUUAACGAAUAGUUUUUGAAU